AUGAAACUGCAACUCUACUUGCUUCUGCUGACGGCCAUCGUUUUGGGUAUCUCGAUGGACGGUAGCAUAGUGGACGCAAAAGAGGUGAAGGAGAAGGAGAAGACUGAAAUCCUAUUGACUAUCCUCCAAGAUCGUGAUGGUGGCAACUGGAGUACUGGCGGCCAAGGAAGUGGUAACUGGGGUACCGGCGGCCAAGGAGGUGGCAACUGGGGUAAAGACGGCCAAGGAAACGGCAACUGGGGUACCGGUGACCAAGAAAAUGGAAACCGGGGUACCGGCGGCCAAGGAGGCAGCAACUUGGUUAACGACGGCCAAGGAAACGGCGAUUGGGGUACCGGUGGUCAAAGAAAUGGAAACCAGGGAAGCGGCGGCCAAGGAAGUAGUAACUGGGGUAACAACGGCCAGGGAAGCGGCAACCGGCGUACCGGCGGCACAAAUGGUGACACCUGGGGGUGA